GGCAGCAUUAUCUGACUGUGCGCUAAUAACAAUAAGUGUAAUGGGUGCUAAUGAGGGACAGCGUGUGUGCGCUUAUAUAGCGACAAUCAUGUCGGACUAUAAAAUAAGAGGCUACAAGGAUUCGGAUUAUGAGGCCGUGAGGGAGUUGUUCUCAGCUGGGAUGAACGAAUACGUUCCGCCUGUUUGUGUCCAUGUUCUGAAACAGCCCUGGGUUCUGUUCGUGCUAACGUGCAUGUUCAUCUGUUUGCUUGUGAGCUCAAAGUCACUUAUCUUGCCUGUUCUGGCCGUCACACUUGCACUCGCCCUAGGGCGCCAGCUCUUGGGCUACUGCUGGUCAAUGUACAUCGAUCACUGCUUGAAGGAGGACCUACGGGAUAUCAGCAAGACUUACAUGCAGAGCAAGGGCUCCUGUUUCUGGGUGGCGGAAGCAGAUGAAAUCGUUAUAGGAACGGUGGCAGCAAAACCGUCGGAGGAGAAGCAGGAGGAGCUUGUUCUGAAGCGCAUGUCGGUCAGGAAGGAUUUCAGGGGACUUGGGAUUGGCAAGGCUUUAUCCCGAGAGGUUCUUAGCUUUGCCCGGCAGAACCAGUACAGGUCCGUCAUUCUCAACACCCUGAUGGUUCAGCACGAGGCACAGAAAAUGUAUGAGAGUGUGGGAUUCAAGAAGUACAUUGAGUUUGUCCUCCCCACAGUGUAUGGGAAGCUGAUAAACUUCACAGUCUCUAAGUACCGCCAUGAUAUUCUGCCUGGGAGCUAAAGUAGCACCAUGGCCUUUGCUUUAGUGCAGGACUUUUGUCUUCUCCGUACCUCAGACUUGUACAAGCGACAGACACUCUGUAUGCACCCCGGUCAGGUCAUGGAAGUGUAACAUUCCCUCAGAAUGGAAUAUGCUGUACUUUUCUUUUGUAAGAAACUAAAAAUUAAUGAAACACCAGUGAACUGCUAUGGUCUUUGCUAUGUGGUUUGUCUAGAAAAUUCAUACCUAGCAACCAGCCCUGUCACUGGAGUUUCCCAUAUUGUAACCUGUAUUAAUAAUAUGCGAGCCAGCAAGCGAGACUGCAGGUUUGCCCAAAUGCUGGGGCCAAUAUAGUACUUCCAGGAGCCAGUUGCAAGCUCAAAACCUGUCCACAAAUGAUGUAAUGGUAUUUUACAAGUAAUUUCCUAUCCUUAUAAGGUUUAUUAUUGGGGUUAUUAAAGGGAUUCUCUCAUGA